CGCGCAGCGGGAGGUGAGAGCAGAGGCGACAGAUCCGACCGACUGCUGUUGGUCCAUGGUUGGUGGGGAGUCCGGCGUGCACGGUGCAUCUAGUUGUACGCCCAAAUACGCGCGGUGCCGUUUAAUGAAGCACACGUGUUACGGUCACAAAGCAACCAAUUGAUCACGUAGGUGCGUACACGCGUGCGGGACUCGUCGGCCGAAGAAUCGAGAUCUCGGCCGCGUAUCUUGAUGUCUGGAGUGGCCGUUCUGCGUUGUCGGCUGUACUUUCAGCAGUAUCUCCGCCGCGAUACUUGUGCUGGUACUUCCGCCGGUACCGCCGGCGGAAGAACGCGUCGUGAUUACCGCUCGGAAAUCGCGAGCGUGCAAUUAAUAGUUAUCUGCAAUUCGGCAUUAUGCAAGAUGGCUCAAGCAUCUAAGCGUCAUGCAAGAUCCAAGAGGAACGAGACUGCAUUGUACGAAUUGUCUCGUGAUACUGCACUGUCUCGAAUUGUGUACGGUAAACGUUGUAUGCGAAGACUCCACAAUGUGUAGUUGAUCGAGCGAUGUCAAUUUCUCGCCAUUGUCAAACUGUGGAUUUUGCUGCGAAUUCUGACACCGCGGACAAAAGGCAGGUGACAGAGAAGGUUAUUGUACAAAGGAUCAUGUUUUGGGAGUUAAUCUUCUGGUCUUACUCAGAAGCGGAUUUAUAUGACGUGCGGUGAGUUACUUGGGGCGAAAAGUCGGGAGAUAAUGAAAAAGAACUUCGAAAGUCUAUAUAGUUUUCUCGGCUUAUGAAACAGCGAAUUAUGUGAGCCUUUCAGGAAACACGAAGGAAAAGACAGUAAAGGCUCUUUGUGUCGGAUUAUGUCCUCCGCGAACAUUCCGGAGUUUGAUUAUGUCAAACUCAUCGAGACUGUGAUUGGGAUUUAGGUGUCUUCUUAAACAAAGUGACUUUUUUUAUUCGUUCAACUGUGUAAAUCUCGUUAACAAAAUCUCGUUAACAAAAUCAGUGCACUAGAUUUGAAAACUAGCAGAAGCAGUUUGCCGAGAGAACAACAUCUCGUCGAUUGAGGAAACAAACGUAGCCAAUGGAAACGAAAAGAAAAAUGUAUGAUUCGCACGAAUUACAAUAAGUAAAUGCACAUGAUAAAUGCGGAGAAAAAGAAAAGGGAGAGACAUCAUUUCACUUGCGAAAACUAUAGCGAUUUGAAUCGCGUUGUUUAAAUGUGGAUCUACACUGGGAAAGACUGUUCUAAGAAGAAAUGAAUUCUAUAAGAUUAUUGUUAGUUUAGCGGGGAUAAUUAUUUCGGUAUAUAACAAUAACGCACACACAUAAUUAUAUCGAUUGCAGUUAUGUAGUGGAAAGUAUUAAAGUGCGCGGUGAACAAUUUGUAAAUUGUUUGUAAAUUUUAUUUGUAAAUCGUGAUUUGUAUUGACAUAUUAAAAUGAGCCGUUAACGUAUAAUGUUACGUUAAUCAAAUAAUAAAAUUUCGCAGUGGACAAAAGUGAAAAAAAUGAGAUCUCGCGACAGACUUUAUUUCGACUUUGAUCCGACGGGCUAGAAUUAAAAGCGCGAAGUGUCAGGGCGACAAUCGGGCCGGGAAUGACGAGGAAACUCGAAGCACCGCCGAAAAUGUGUCAAGUAUCGCCAACUCGAUAAAAGUGCACGUCUUUGGAGAAAUCGACCGUGCCGAAAUCACUUUCCUGUCUAGGGGGACUAAUUGCUUCUGCCCUUUCUUCCCCCGCGGGCUCUGCUAAGAGGUCUACAGUCAGCAAAGGUGGCAGCCCUUCCACGGACAGUCUGGACCUGAUCUCUCACGUCGACUGUUAUCAACAACAAAACAGCCAACAAGAAGAAGAUUACGUUAAUAACAAUUUGAUCAAAAACCUCAUCGCGUCCAGCCCGCAAGAAAGCGUGAUGAAAGAGAAAAGCAAGAACGCGGCGCGAUCGCGCCGUGUUAAGGAGAACCAGGAGUUUUUGGAGUUGGCGAAACUGUUGCCGCUGCCAGCCGCUAUUACAACACAACUGGACAAAGCUAGUAUCAUCAGGCUGACCACGAGUUAUCUGAAGAUGAGAGCCGUUUUUCCGCAUGGUCUUGGUGACGAGUGGGGCGCCGCACCACCACCCAACAAUCCCCUGGAAACCGCGAUCAAGGAGCUAGGCUCUCAUCUUUUACAAACUCUGGAUGGGUUUAUAUUCGUCGUGGCGCCUGACGGAAAAAUUAUGUACAUAAGCGAGACUGCCAGCGUACACUUAGGAUUGUCCCAGGUCGUGGAAUUAACGGGAAACAGCAUAUACGAGUAUAUUUAUCCGGACGAUCGCAAUGAGAUGAUUUCCGUGCUGAGUCUUCCCAAUUCUCCGGAUCAUCGUUAUUCAUAUCCAGAGCCGAAUUCGCGAGGCGAGGUAGAGUUGGAACGUGCCUUUCUUCUUAGGAUGAAGUGCAUUCUAGCCAAGAGGAACGCGGGCCUCGUCACCGAAGGAUACAAGGUCAUACACUGUUCAGGUUAUCUCAAGUGUGUCUUCGAUCGACAAAACGAAUACGAGGAUGGCCUUAUCCGAAAUGUUGGUCUUAUUCGAAAUGUCGGUCUAUUGGCAGUCGGCCAUUCUCUGCCAACCAGUUCCAUAACCGAAAUUAAAUUGCACCACAACAUGUUCAUGUUCCGGGCAUCACUCGACCUGAAGCUCAUAUUUCUCGACGCGAGGGUAGCCCAUUUGACAGGAUACGAUCCGCCGGAUCUUAUCGAAAAGACCCUGUACCACUAUGUACAUGCAGGCGAUGUUUUGCAGCUGCGACACGCUCAUCGAGUUUUAUUGUGCAAGGGUCAAGUGACGACGAGAUACUACAGGUUCCUGACCAAGAACGGCGGAUGGGUAUGGAUGCAAUCGUACGUGACGAUCGUGCACAAUUCAAGGAGCUCGCGGCCACACUGCAUCGUCUCCGUCAACUACGUGUUAACGGCCACCGAGAGUACGGGCUUGAUUCUCAACUGCGAGCAAAAGUUGUCCUGCUCGAGUCCUGGGAAUCCGCCGAGCGCGCCCCUCUCGACGCCCGCGGUCGGCGCGAACGAUCUGGACAAUCACAGCCCGAGUCCACCUUCCUAUCGCGGUAGUAGGACGAAGGAGCCGCCUGAUACCGAUUAUGCCGACAGUACCGGAUAUCCCAACUCGGAUUAUAUCGCGGGUACAACGAAUCACAAUCACUACCUGUCAUCGUCGCCAUACGCACCACCUCACAGUGUAGACGGAACGCCUCAUGAAGAAUCUUAUUAUUCGGAUAUGUUCUACCAUUAUGGUGAUCUCAAUCAAGAUCCAGUCAACAAUCUCCAACAUCAGCAAGAGGCACACCAGCAUCUCUUGCACCAUACGUCCCCUCUGACAACUAUUCAGCACGGAACACAGAAUAACCAGCACAAACCACGACAACAUUCUCAGCAUUUGUUGCAUCAUGCGACCUCUCUCACUACCCUCGAGCAGCAACAGCAGCAUAGUCCCCAGAGCGGCCAACAGAAACGACCUUACUCGACAUCCUCAAGUUCCUGCGGGAGCAGCGACGGCCUCGAAUCGCACUUUGCGAAUUCCAUGAAUUUGAUACCUUCAUCGGGUUAUCAUUCGUCACAUCAGCAUCAUCACCACAUGUCAGACUUGAACGAGACGAGCGGCGUCAUUAUGUAUCCGAACUGCGGCUUCAAUAACAACGAUAGCUACAACGCCGCAGCGCUUCAACAUCACGAGAGCUAUCAGAGCCAGCCUCACAACAGCAACGGUGAUGGCAACGCCACGAUCAAACAUUCUCAUCAUCAACUGGAGGCCUCGUCGUCAGCCGCUGGUUAUACCAGCGUUAUCGUCGACUCGCAGCAGUACAGUCCUAACACCAUUCAAGACCUCCAUGCGCAUCAGACACCGGCAAGCGGCGGCACGCCGCCGCUGCAUCAUCAGCAUCAUUAUGAGACGCAUCAUCAGUUUGUUCGCUGACACCAAUUCGAGGUGCCCUGUGCGUAGCAUUUUGACGCUCGUGACGAUGGCGCAUGCGGGCAUCAUCAGCAUCAUCAUCAUCAUCAUCAUUGCAAUCAUCAUCAGCAACGAGGGAAGCAUCAUUGCCCAAUGUCGGAAUGCAGCAGAGGACAGUGCGAUGAGCAACGUGUGGAUGGCGGAACUUAUGCUGCCUCGGAGCCUCGCGUCACCUACGUCGCGCCCUACAAGCGAUUCUCGAAGAUGGAGGAAAGGAGCGUCGUGACGUUAAGAAGCAACUUGUAAUUGUCGACUCGCUGACUCGCAGACGGUAAUACAAAUUCUACUGUUUGGGCUUGUUCUGUUCGACGUCCAUGCAUAUUGCACAGUAAUUAUGAUCCAUUCGUUCUUUUCAUCCUCAAUUCUCGCGGUCUCUCGCUUGAUAGAAGCGGCGGGACAUCGUCCAAGAUUUAUUUCUCGUGUUGUAACGAAUUUUUUUCUCGUGUUGUAACAGUUGCAGAAAGCCGAGUUACGGUAUUUCAAAAAAUCGGCAUUUCAAUAAUUGGACCGUGCUUCGCAGGUGCAACCUGGAAACGUGUAAUCAAUUCUGUCCAUAAUUCCAUGUCGCGCAUGUUAUUCCUUUGCUCGUAUUAUACUCGCGAUAGAAUCUCGAUGCGACCUUACCGAUUAUAGGAACAAUGAAAUCUUUGUCAAUCUUUUUGUCCCCAUUUGAUAUCUAUAUGUUUAUUUUUGUUGCGUAUUAUUGUAUUGAAAAGGAACAAGAGGUUCGAUAGAACAACAUCGAUCGUAGCGAUGCCCAUAAUGCAUGGAACCGAUUCUAACAUUGAUGACCAAAAGCGCAACUUUGAUGAUAUAGGCAAAGAUUAGCUACGGGAUCGCACAAUAUUAAAUGUCAGCAGAAAUGACACGAAUGAUCGUUUACACGUCGUAAAAACUACUGCGAGUGGUAGUAAUAUUUAUCAAUCUUUACGUAUGUGAUAUCACUCUUAUCGAGAGGCGACGGUAAUUAUUAUUCGGCGAUAUUACAGCCAUCACAGUCGAAUACUUGGCCGAUCGAUACCGGCCGUUACGAGUACCAUUAAUCACAUAGGAAGAUGUAACGAACAUUCUACGAACAUGCACUGGACGCAAGUUCUUUGAGAACUUUUGCAAAGAUUGAUUAAAAUGAGAGAAUUUUACGGAUGCACGCGAAGAUGACGUAUAAAUUGUUUCAACUGUUUCAAAUGUUGACAAAACGAAAGUUGAAGGUACAUGAAAGGGUGACUAUCUGAAAACUUUGAAAUAAAAUUUGAUUACAGUCUUCUAAUGGAGUACAAGGAAAGUCGCAACACUUUCUUUUCAAUGAAUAUAUUUUACAAUGCAUCCGUAUCCAUCAAAAUCUGUUUUUUAGUGAUACUCAGAAGAUAAGUUUUCUAAUUAGAUGUCGAAUACGUUUUGAAGUUUAUCGAGAUAAAAAUAUUGGCAACUUUUGUUCCACUAAUGCUUGUUUCCAAUCGAUCAAUGUCGAUUAAACCUUAAUCUGAGUUUAAAUUUUUGUCUGAAUAGAAUUUAAGUUCAGGUUAAGGUGUUAAGGUUUAAUUGACCUUGUAAAAACGGGCAUAACUAUAUAUUUUGUGGACAUUGGAAAUAGUAAUUUUGUGUUCACUUUUUCAGUCGUACGCGUAGUUUUUGUGUUAAAAUAUAAGCGCCGGUGAAGCUAUCGGCGCUGAUGCUGUACAUACCGAUAAAGCGAGAGAUUUCUUUUCGGACGUAUACAUGAUGUAAAUACGCUAAACGUUUCUAUAAGUUGUUUUCUAAUUAAUUAAUAUAAUGAAAUGUAUAUAAUUAGAGAGAAGAGGGAGGAUUUAUGAUCCGCAAAGACUGACCAGUGCUCGUACCAAUCGACCAAAGAAAUACGCCCUUUUUAUCGGAGAGAAGACUAGUACCGUUAUAUUUUUAUUCUCGCUUAUUUAAUGAGCAAACAGCACUGUUGGAAAAAAUACUGUUGGGAUGUGUAAACGUUGUAAAUAAAAUCGUGUAGCGGGAGCCUUGGUAUACUUCGAUUGUCGCGAGAUAUUUUACUACCGAAUAGAGAAAUUGGUCAUAAUAUAAUCUAUCAUGUAUAAACUACUAUGUACACAUAUACGAACACAAAAAUGCACGUGCGCGCGCGUACACACACGCACACACACACACACACACACACACACACACACACACACACACACAC